AUGGGCAUGGGUGCCGGGCUUCCGCGCCACCAGUGGCCACCGCACAAGCAUUUACACCCGCAGAUUGCCAGUGCUCGCGAAGGAUUAGCGCUUCUCCGCUAUGGUACGCUGGUCGAGGAGCUACGAGUACGGCUCUGCCGGUGCCACUGCGAAGACCGAGUUGUUUCGAUCGAGACCUGGACGCUCCUGUUCGUGGAGGAGCCCGACCGCUACUUCGGCAAUACGCCUUCACACGCGCGAGGUACGCUGGUCGAGGAGCUACGAGUACGGCUCUGCCGGUGCCACUGCGAAGACCGAGUUGUUUCGAUCGAGACCUGGACGCUCCUGUUCGUGGAGGAGCCCGACCGCUACUUCGGCAAUACGCCUUCACACGCGCGAGGUACGCUGGUCGAGGAGCUACGAGUACGGCUCUGCCGGUGCCACUGCGAAGACCGAGUUGUUUCGAUCGAGACCUGGACGCUCCUGUUCGUGGAGGAGCCCGACCGCUACUUCGGCAAUGUGUGCGAGCUGGACACCACCAUCAACCCCCACAAGGCGUAUUACAUUCAGAACGAGCUGUUCACCGGCUACUCCCGGCAGGAGUUGAGCAAGGAGGCGAUCUUGCGCAUCUGCGUCCACCUAAGCUACGUGCCCCCACCGCUGAAGCCAUGCGGGCACGACGGUGGAAACAAGCGGCAGGGAGGACGCCAAGAGCACGACAGGGACAGCGGGGUGUGGCAAGACUCCAAGAACGACAGAUACAACGGCGGCUUGAAGCAUGGAGUCUUCAUGGUCAGCUGGGGUCUGGUUACGGAGCCCACGAUGCCGUACGUCGACUCGAGUAAGCUCGACCGCUACGAUCACUUCAUCUUGUAUUGGGUUCUCUAG